CCCAGUCCUUAGCGCCUGCCCGUCGAGAGCACGCGGCUUUGCCGGAAGCCCUCCUGCUCCCGGCGUGCCAGGCCCCGACUCGGCCCUACUCCCCGGCUCGGCCCUUUGCCCUGGGCACCCGGAAACAGAAGCCCAAGGAGCCCGCGUCCCCACCCCGCUGCUACCUGCCGGCGUGACAGAGAUUCGGUGCCACCCCGAACCCCACCUUAAGGAAGACGCGGCGCAGUCCUGCUUCCACGACGGAGCCGGAAGGACGCAAGGACCGCGGGCCAGUUCCUAAUCUCUGAAAACAGAGCAGCACUUGUGAGGUGGAGGAAGCAUGGCCCACCUGAAUGGAAACCUCUCACCAGUUUUCACAGCAGCAGAGGACUAGGCUGAGAAAGAACACGACCCAGAUUUGCACGGAGAGAUGCAAUAUGUAAUGCUUGUGCUCCACAAGCCAUCCCAGCUGACUCAACGGGAGUUUUGCUCCAGCUGUCAGGGAUCAGUGUCCUUCAGUGAUGUGGCUUUGGGUUUCACCCAGGAGGAGUGGCAGCAUCUGGACCCUGCCCAGAGGACCCUGUACAGAGACAUGAUGCUGGAGAACUACAGCCUCCUCCUCUCAGUAGGGUAUUGUAUUACCAAACCAGUGGUGAUUUGCAAGUUGGAGCAUGGAGAGGUGCUGUGGAUAUUAGAGGAAGAGUUCCCAAGUCAGAGCCACCUAGACUGCUGCAUAGAUGAUGACCUGUUGGAGAAGAGACAGGAAAAUUAAGACCAGCAUUUGCAGAAAGUUGAUUUUCUCAACAACGAAACACUGACUAUGGACAGAAAUGGUGUAUUAGGAAAAACAUUUUAUCUUGACACAAACCCCAUUCUAUUAAGAAAAAUACAUGGCAACUAUGGCUCAUAUGGAGUGAAUUUGAAUUAUAUUUUGGAAUUAAUUAUUAGUAAUAGAAGCUCCUUUAUAAGGAACCCUUCUGAGUGUAAUGCACAUGGGAAAGUUUUCCUUUGUAUGAAGCGUGAAAAUCCUUAUGCCAGAGGGAAACCUUUGGAAUAUGAUGGAAAUGGGAAAGCCCUCUCUCAGAAUGAGGACCUAUUUAGGCAUCAGUAUAUUCAAACUCUGAAGCAGUGUUUUGAAUACAAUCAGUGUGGGAAGGCUUUUCAUGAAGAGGCAGCCUGCAUUACCCAUAAGACAGUGUGCUCAUGGGAGACCCUGUGAAUAUAAUGAACAUGUGAGAGCCUUUCCGAUAGACCAGUAUUCACUGUUCAUCAGAUAACUCACAUAAGGGAGAGUUCCUAUGAAUUCAAUGAAUGUGAGAGGAGGUCUGGUGAGAAGCCACCUGUAAGUAAACACCACAGAGUUAUGGAGAUGGAACACUAUGAGUGUAAUGCAAGAGAAUAGUUUUGGCAAGAAAUCACUCCUCAUUCUACGAAGUUACAGAGGAGAGAAAACUUUUGACUGUAAUAGAGAUUUGGAAGUAUUCUGCAAGAAGCCAAAUUUCACUCAGCAUCAGGAAACACGUAUAGGAAAGAAUGCCUAUAAAAUUAAUCAGCAUGCUAGUACAUUUUGCUGUAAGCCAAAGCUUUCUGUAUAUCAGAAAACAGAUAGAGGAGAAAAACUCUAUGAAUGUAGUGAAUGUGGGAAAACCUUCUACCGGAAGUCAUCCCUCACAGCACAUCAGAGAACACACACAGGGGAGCAACCCUAUGAAUAUAAUGAAACUUUUUACCAGAAUCCUGACUUCGCUAAACAUCUGAGAGACAACAUAGAGGAAACUCUUGUCAACAUCCUGAAGGCUCAGAAACCUUCACCUUCUUGGACUCAUUCCAUAGCAGAAACAACCCAGGUUGGGGUGAGAACACCCAAUAAAGAUGAGAAAUCUUUUGCC